GAUCCGUGAAAUAUUAAAUCAUAUUGAAAUCUUCGUUUACCGUCUCGAUAGCCUGUAAUCUAAAAAUUUGUUACUUGUUCCUGUCUCAGCAUGGCUACCGAGACAACCGAACUAACUGUGUCUCCAAAUUUGGCUGGUGUUCCACGGGUCGAUUUUGUGGAAGAUGUUGAUGAUUUCAUGAAGAAACCUGAAAAUGACGCAGCAGAAACUGUUUUAAAAAGGCAAGAGGAGCUCCAUAAUAAGUUUAAAUUUAUGGAGUACAAUCUAAAUCUAAAAAAAACAAGAUUAAAAAAUCAAAUUCCAGAUAUCAAGAGUUCUUUAGAUAUAGUAAAACAUUUAAUGAUCAAAAAGGAUAAUACAGAGCCAAUGAACACAAGUUUCUUACUAUCUGACAAUGUCUAUGCCAAGGCUGUCAUACCACCAACUGACAAAGUUUGUCUUUGGCUUGGGGCUAAUGUUAUGCUGGAGUAUGAAAUUAGUGAAGCUGAUGAUGUAUUAAUGAAGAAUCUUGAUGCUGCUAAGAAAUCUCUAGUGCAGGUAGAAGAUGACCUGCUCUAUAUUAGGGAUCAAAUGACUACUUUAGAAGUCAAUAUGGCCAGAGUAUAUAACUGGGACGUAAAGCGCAGACAAGCAGAAAAAAGUAACAAGUCCUAGUAACUUGUUUAAGACAUGAUGAUUUUGUAUACUAUACAGUUUUUUUUUUGCUACUUGAUACUCUAAAUGUAUUAGUGAUGUUUUCAAUUGAGUAAUUUAUGCUUUGAUAUUGAUGGUCCUUGAUAUUUGUGCACCAUAUGUUUGCCAAAACAUAGAAACCCUCUUUUAACAUUUUUGUUUAAUUGAACUUUUCAUUUUUAAAUAUGACUGCAUUGAUUUUACAAAAUAAAGAAGAUAUAAACUCAA